GCUACUUCCGCAGCCGCUCCUGCUACAUGAGGAAGAGUCUGUCCGUGGACAACCACCUGGGCUCCCUGAGCUACGCCGUGCACCCGGCCGAGAGCAAGGCCGAGCGCGUCAGGACCAAGCUGCGGCGGCAGUUCAGCCUGGGGUCGGCGGACAAGAAGGACUUUUACCAGCCAAAGUCGGAGAGCAGCCUCGCUAGGUUUGCCCACCGCUUGUCGGUGAAGCAGAAGCAGGAGAAGAGAAGGAAAGCUGAGUAUGGCUCAGCCGAGCUGUCUGCCUUCCGGCCCAGGUCUCUGAGCAUUGAAUGGUCAUCCUACCCUAAAAUGACGCAGCAGAUGCGGGACCUGCAGUUGGUGCAGGCCAGGAAGCCACCAGGCCCUUCCUCACCAAACGCAGCCAAGAGGCUUUACCGAAACCUGUCUGGGAAAUUCCGCGUCAACUACACCUCCUUCGACGAGGGCAGCCUGGUGGGACGGGGAGAGAAGGAGAAGCUCCGCAAGUCUUACCUGUUCCAGAGCAAUGCUGCCCUCUUUGAGGCUGUGGAGCUGCAGGAUCUUGACAGGGUGCAGGAGAUGCUGAAGCACUACAGCCCUGAGGAGCUGGACCUCAACACCCCAAACAGUGAGGGGCUCCUGCCCCUGGACAUCGCCAUCAUGACCAACAACGCUCCUAUUGCCAGGGCCCUGCUGCAGGCAGGAGCGAAGGAGAGCCCACACUUUGUGAGCCUGGAAAGCCGCUCACUGCACCUGUCCACGCUGGUGCGGGAAGCGGAGCAGCGUGUCAACGAGCUGAUGGCACAGGUGGUGAACGAGGCGCCCAACGCUGACUGCUCCGAGAAGGAGAAGCAGCUCAAGGCCUGGGAGUGGCGAUUCCGGCUUUACAAACGCAUGAAGGCAGGGUUUGAGCAUGCCCGAGUGCCAGAUGCCCCCAGCAGCGUCCACCUCUCUGUGGCCAGCAGCUCCUCAUUGCAAGUGACCUUCUGGGAGCCCCUGAGUGUCAACUCAGCUGUUGUCACCAAGUACAAAGUGGAGUGGAGCUGCUCCCCCAGCUUCUCACCACUGCUGGGAGAAGCCGUGAUCGACAAGCUGAAGGAGCUGCACUUCACCAUCCAGGGGCUGGUGUCGGGCACGGCGUACCACGUCCGCGUGUCUGCCUACAACAUGAAGGGCUGGGGUCCCCCACAAGCCUCCACACCCCCUUUCGCCAUCCCUUCCAACUGGCGGGAGUACGACGGCCGGGCGCCGCGGCGGAGGGGACAGGCUGAGGCUCUGGACCAUCUGCUGGGCCAGGUGAAGACCGUCCACCAGCACUGCAUUUGCCAUGAACCCUGCAAGAACCAGCCCCAGAGCAGAAAGCAUUCGGUCUCCAAGAGCCUCAAGCACCUCUUCCACCCUGGCAGCAAGUUUCUCAAGACACUGAAGCGGGGCCUCUACCUGACAGCCAUCUUCUACAAGGAUGACAACAUCCUGGUGACCCAUGAAGACCAGAUCCCUGUAGUGGAGAUUGAUGACACCUACUCCUGCCUGCUCAUGCAGGAUUUCCUCUGGCUUACCAAGGUGUCAUGUAUGUGGGACGAGAUCCUGUGGCUGCGGCAGUGUGUCACUGUGUCCCAGUCCUCCUGCUCCUGCAUCCUGCAGACACGCUUCAAGAUGCUGCUGGCCAUCUCGCAGAUGCAGGGGCUGCUGGGCAUCCAGGACCUGGGGCAGGUCUUCUUCGAGCCCAUCAAAGACAAACAGGGCAACAUCCUCAUUGUCACCCUGAAGGAGGUGAAGACCAAUCAGACUUUUGAGAGCGUCCGCUGGGCCCCCAUCUGCAAGCUGCAGAGCAGCCGCAAGUCCGUGUCCUCCCCAGAGGAGCCCAGUGCUCUGGACAUGCUGCUCAUCUCCGUCCAGGACAAGCUGGCUUAUCACCAGCGGAGCAGCCAUGCCCUCUCCCCGGGCCUCUACCUGGGCUACUUGAAGUUGUGCAGUGCCGUGGAUCAGAUCCGAGUGCUGGUGCCAGAGCAGCUCCCCAACAUCCUGUGCCACGUCAAGAUUCGCUCCAACCCCAACAUCUCCAGGGAGGAGUGGGAGUGGCUGCAGAAGACGGCCAGCGUGGAGGAGCAUGUUCCCACAGAGACAGAUGCUGACAGGUCCCAGAACCCCUUGUUUCAGGAGCUCCAAGUGGCCAUCAAGGAGCUGAUGACCCUGGUGAACAUCCCAUUGCAGGAGGCCAAAGACUUCCGUCUGUACAGCCAAGAGGUGCUGGACUUUGGGGAUCAGGUCUCCUUCCUGCUGCUGCUGCCUCCAUCAGACGACGUCUGCACUGCUCCAGGCCAGAACAACCCCUACACCCCUCGCUCUGGCUUCCUCACACUGCCACUGCAAAUCUUCGAGCUGGUUCACUUCUUCACGUACGACCGGGAAUUCAUCAUGCAGUACUGCCAGGUGUCUGCCCUGCUGGAGCUGGAGUCUCUCCUCUCCCAGCAGAGCCUCAGGGAGGCUUUCUCCGAUGCCGAGCUCUCCACCGCCAAGCAGAGGCACCAGCAGGUUCAGGACUACAUCCAGGUAUGGGGUGGGAGCCAGGCUCGACAGUGCCCCUGACCUGCCAGGACUCAGGCAGCAGCAUCUGCACCAGGGGU